ACACUAAACAAGGUGCAUAGAAGAAGAUACAUGUUUAUUUACCUUUUGCAAUGUCGAACUCUGGCCAGGAUUUCCAGGUGGUAACGCGCAAGAAAUGGAUGGCCCGAAAGUGCCUCAGGCGACGGGAUCGCCACAAGUCCGAGAGCGACUAUUUGAACGACUGCCCGGAUGUGGAUUUGAAGAAAUUUCAACCACGCCUGGAGAACUUGUGCACGGAGAUGUGCCAGAGCGACUACUUCCUAGUGGCAAUGGAAGCACUGCAGCAGCAGCUGGAAGGCAUUAAAAAGCCGUUGGAACGGAUUGUCUGCCUGGGUCUGGGACCCUUUUCGCGCACCUACCAUGCUCUUCAUCAGGCUGCCUUUGUGAUCGGUCUGCAGCGCCACCACAAGAUCAAGGAGACCCUCUACUUUGAUCCCGUCUUCAGGGACAGCGAGAUGGAACUGAUUCGCCUGUUCGACGGAUGUGUAAUGGGCGAAGACUGCGCAGGGAAACACGAAGCAGAGGUGCCUACGCUCUACUAUCUGCCCCACUGCCCCUACGCUCUAAUGCACAACAUCUUGUGGUCCAACUGGAAGAGGGAGACUUUGCCCAACGUUUUUCUAAUCUCAAACAGCUUUGAGAUGUUGACAAUGACGCGGAGAAGCCAGGAUGAUCAUAUAACAAGAAUAGUGGAGCACUGUACAGAAACACCCUUGGAGGACGACUACGAACACCACAAUGUAUUCAAUGACUUGUCGUUGCACACUUUUCCCAAGGAAUCCCUGCCAGCCAGCGAUGACGAAUCUUUUUGGACAAGAUGCGCUCCCUUGAAGGUAAAUGAGGAUGAGCUGAUCACCGAAACGGAGACAAGUUUCGCCGGUCUUAAGUUGGAAUCGGAGUAAUUUAAGUUCUCUUUGUAAAGUUGUUUAGGGCACUGCCAAUAACAAGUGUUUUCGGUAAACUUAGAAA